AUGAAUCGAACAAUUCUGUUGAUUUUCGUGCUGUUUUGUGCAACGAUGGCUCGCCGUCAUAAGUCACAUGUUCAGCACAAUGCUUUACGCCAAAAUCCGGUUACACCGGCGCCGAUGAACAAUGGAAAUCGUCAAGGUGAAAACAAUCAAGCGUAUGGACAACAAAUCACACAAAACAACAAUGGCUUCAACUCGUCCCCGGAGGACCCUUUUGAUUCUGCUGAAUCCAUUGAAAAUAACAAUGCACAACAGAGACGAUUUAUCCGCUAU